CGAGCCACAGCAUCCCAAACAUGCUCAUUGGGUGACAUGUCCGUGCUGCAAACAGAGAAGCAGUUCAUCGAGGCAGCAAAGAACAACGACGUGGCCGCCAUGAAGACCCUGGGGAAGGGCUUGAAUGCCAACGCCAUGAAUGUGCACGGCAGGACCGCCCUUCACUACGCGGUUGCCGGCAAAAACAAGGAGGCGGUGGAGCUGCUGUUGCGGCGCAGGGUUCGAGUGGAUCAAAGGGACAAGUUUGGCGUGGCACCGAUUCAUUUAGCGGCCUGGUUUGGCAGUUUGGACAUCCUGAAAUUGUUAGUGCGGGCCGGGGCUGAACAGAAGAUUGAGAAUGAGGAAGGACUGAACAUCAUGCAUUGUGCUGCUGUCAAUAACCACACAGACAUAGUGGAGUACAUCGUCAACGACCUGCAGAUGAAAGAACUGGAAAAAGACGACAAGUCAGGAAACUGUACCUUCGCCAUGGCGGCACAGCACGGUUGUGUGCAGAUGUUGGAGAUGCUAAUGGAGCCCUUCUACAACAUGGCCACCAUGAAGCCCAACAAGAGAGGAGACACGCCCCUGCACUUAGCUGCAAGGAACGGCCACUUGGACGCCGUCCAACUGCUUCUGCUAAGCUUUGAUACCCGGGAUGAAGUUAAUAUGGACGGUGAGACGUCCCUGUACCAGGCUGCAGACAGCGGUCAGGAACAGUGCGUCUUGGCAUUGCUGCAGGCCGGCUGUGACCCCAACAUCCAAACAACAAGCAAAAGCAGUGCUCUUCAUCCAGUGUCAGAAAGAGGAGACACGGCUCUGGUCCAACUUCUCCUAGAAUAUAAAGCCUACACAGACUUUCAGAAUGAGGAGAUGGAGGCUCCUCUCCACCUGGCAGUGAAGAACAGCCACAUAGCGGUCAUUCAUUUCCUCCUGGAGGCAGGUUGCAACAUUAACUCCAGCAAUAAGAGGUCUCAGACUGCCAUGCACCUGGCUGCGGAGCUGGCCAGAAUAGACGUGGUGGACAUGCUGCUUAAAGCUGAAGUGGAUCUGACACUCCAGGACCGGGUAAGAGUUCAAAGCAACAUGAAUAGGGCAGAUGUUAUAUGCUUUUUUAUUAUCUCUGCAGUCUUUCUCCACAGGACUAAAAUAUAUUUAAGGGGCAAUUGCAUAAUGAUAGUGAAAGCUGUAAGAUUGCAUAAUUGGCCAUAA